AUGGCAUACAAUAGUACUGUUGCAGAAAGUCACCCUUUAGGCAGAAUUGCUGCCAAAAUUGAUGAAAAGGAAUUUGACUCCAGGGGCUAUUCAACAUUUAUCUCCCAAGACAGUGGAUACAAUGAGUCGCUAAAAGUCUUCAGUCCAGACCAUGUUGAAAGUAGCAGAGAAUCAUUUGGAAAGCUAACUAUAACCAAGGACUAUGAUAACUCUGAGAAUAUAGAACCUUCAUUAACACCAAUAACAAAUGUAAAAUGCUGGACUCAUUUAGCUGCCAUGAAGGAAAGCAGGCAAAGUGUUACUGUAAUCUGUGAAACUCCACGUUUUAGUAAGAAAGAUGUUUCACUUCGUAGAAGAUUGCUUCUUUCCAAAGCUACACCUGGUGGAACUAUUGAUUUUGAUGCAUCUGAAUGCUCUGCAGAAAUUUCUGGAAGCUCAAAAUCACCCUUGUGUAUUUCACGUUUUGAUGUCGGUCUUUCAAACAGUUUUGUUGACUCGCCAAGAGAGAGCACCUAUGAGCCAAUUGCAACAAGCACUUUAAAAAAUGCAGAGUCUGCAUCAUCUUGCAAAAAGUGGAGACUAUCGUUUGCUCAACAGAGGAGUUCUACUUUAGAUGAUUCUAAAAGUGAUGAUAAUUUUACUGAAGUAGAAAACAUCUCUCCAGUUCAACAUUCAAAUAGUGCAACUGAUGAUAGUAUGCUAAGCAUCCAUGAAGCACACCUUUCUGAGUUACCUGGAACUCCAGCUUGCAGUUUAAUUGCACGUCCUGCUGAGGAAUUUCAGACUCCUAUUAGUAACCUUGCAGCAAAUUUUAACUUUAAUUUAUGCACUCCCACGGUUGAACAAAUAAGUGACCUGGACUGCUCAAUAACAGAGGAUAGUGCAUUUCACUCCCUUAGCUGGGAUAAGUCACAAGACUCAAUAACUGAUCAUGAAGGCUCCUUCCAAGAGCUUAUUCAGAAACCCAGGGAGACACCAAAAGCCGUUCAUUCAAAAAAUCGCUUACGUAAACUAGAUAGAUGUAGAAGAUUGUCCACUCUUCGUGAACGAGGAUCUCAGUCCGAAGUAGAGGAAGAAAAUACUGAAACUCAUCUGUUGACUUCAGCAUACAAAUCAAAGGUAGCAAGGGAGUCUGUAAAUGAAGAAAGUGAGUUGUGCAUUGAUGACUCAAACGAGAAUUCUAUUUUAAACAUAGCUGAUUUAACAGGAACGCCCGCUCUGCGUGUGGUCCAUGAUAUGCUAAUGAGAAGUAGUAAAAAAAGACAACAGGCUACUGUACAAGACAUUACAGGACAUACAGAUGGUUUUGACCAUUCAGAAGAUGAUGUUCUUACAAAGCUUAUUGGCAGAAAGAUGGGGUUAGAAAAACUUGAUAUUUUAGCAGAACUGAACUGCAGAAAUUUAAAGCAUCUCCUUGCUUUUAUAUUUCGUGUCUUGGAUAUGGAAAGUAUUUGCAGUAUUUGGAAAGUGAGCAAGCAGUGGCGUGAAAUAGUUAUUCAAGAUAAGAUCACGUAUCAGCGAAGAAAGGUGUUCCUAAGAAAGCUAAAGACCGAGGCUGAGCAAGGACGACACCUGUCGUCUGAAGAUGCUGCAACAAGAUUAAACCUUUUAACCCGUUCCGCCCUAAAAUCUGUUCAAUCUCAAGCUAGAACUGCAUAUCAGACACCAAGUUCUUUGAAGUCUUCCCAAACACCUAAAGACUCUAAGUCCAUUCGCCAGUCUGCAAGCAAACAGCAAGAAUACGUAAAGAUUGCCAAAACUCUGUUCACAGAUGAAGCUUUAAAGCCAUGUCCACAGUGCCAAUAUCCUGCAAAGUUUCAGCCACUGAAGAAGAGAGGCAAAUGUAGUAGAAAAGACUGUGGCUUUGACUUCUGUAUUCUUUGCUUAUGUACAUUUCAUGGUUCAGAAGAAUGCAGCACUGGAUCAACAAAGAGGAAGAACAAAAAAGAUGCCCUUCCUGGUAGUGCCCAAAGCAAGCGGAAUUUAAAAAGGCUUUGA